UUUACUUUGUUGGUAUACCGAAUAAAUAGUCGCCGGUAAAAAUUCUUAAAAAUAAACAAACAACUUUUUAAGAAAGACAAAAGAUGGCAGCUUCUGCAGCACAAAAACCUUCUAUUGAAAAGUUCUUGGAUUUUUAUAUUGAUCCUAAUGGUGUUGAAUAUUAUCAGGUUAAAUGGACACCAACUUGGGAGCGUGCUGAUUCAUUAAAUAGUUUUCAAGAUUUGAUCGAUAAGUUUUGGUCUUUUAUAAAUAAUUCUAGUUCUGCUAAUAUCUGUAACAAUACAACAAUUUUAAAGGGACCGCCAAUUGAAAUUCCAGUAAAUUCUCAUGCACAGCAUGACCAACCUCAAGAAUUCACACCCAAAAAACAGGUAAUAAAUAUCCAAAAGAAAGCAACACCAAAAACUCCAAACCAAAUCAAGAAAACAUCACUUAAACAACAAAUAACUCCAACACAAAAAGUAAAAGCUAUGACUCCAACUCAACACAUGUCUCCUAAGCAACACAUGUCUCCAAACUUUCUUCAAUCAGCACAGUCUUUUAUGAUCAAUCAGCAACCGAAUAUGUUUGGUUUAUCUCCUGGUGGUAAUCCAACAGUCAUAAUUGAUAGCGAUGAUGAAGAUUAUAAAAAACCAGAUGUAUCAAGUAUUCAAAUAUUAGACACUAAAAGUGAUAUUAAAGCUACUCCACCAUGGAAAGUAAAUAUAAAAAAUGAAGAAAUCAACAAUGAACCCAUUAUAUCUCCAGUAAGAUGUGACAGUAAUUCUUAUAUUUUAAACUCCAAAAGGAAACUUGGAAUGUCUGAGACAUUUGGUAUCAAUCCUGCUAAACAAGUGUUUGGCAUGAUAACACAGGAAGAAAAUGCUGGUUUCAAAAAUUUUGAAUGCAAAGAAGAAGGAGCACCAGCUAAACAAUUAUCAUCAAGUGACUGGAAGUCAUACUUUGAAACGCUAGAAAACUACGUAGAUGGUAAAAGAGUCAGCCAGUCAUUUAAAUGUAAGGUUUGUGGAUCAAUGAUAGCCCAACAAAGCAAUUGCAGUCGUCAUUUUAAGAAGCAUGUAAAAGAUAGUAGUGGAUCUACUGAUGGUAUCUAUCACUGAUGGUUGUCACCUAGAUCUAAUCCUUCAAUAAAUCACUAAAACACUAAAUCUAUCAAUGGCGAUGGGAUUUUGAUCGAUGGCAAUAAUCAUCAACAAUAAAAUAAGGGACUCUUUAUU